AUGCUAAGGCUUCUCUUGUCUCUAAUUUUUGUGAUAUUCAUUUCAUCAGUUGAUUCAAGUAGAUGUAAAUGUGUUGAGAAAAUUGUAUUAUUGCACAAUUUGGAUGAUUUUCGGAUAAUUGCAUCGCCUGAAUAUCCAAGGUACUUCCUAGACUUUUUUGGAAAAACAAGUUCCUCAAACUCAAUUUCAGACCUUAUUGCCAAUCAAUGGAUUGUAUUUGGAAGAUUGUUGCUCCAGACAAUUCAUCGAAAGCCUAUUUCUACGCCGAUAAUUUGGAUCUUCGUGAAGACGAUCAAAUUUUGUUCUAUGAUUUUCCGUUGUCUACAGAAAAUGGGAAUGAGAAUGAUACACAUAGUCAUAGGUCGGUUGAAAAUAUACGAAAAUCUAUUGGAAAACUCGGGUUAGAGAGAAUAUUUCUCCAAAGAAAAAAAAAAUACAUGAGAAACAUUCCAGUGAUCUACAGAAAAUCUUAGAAACUUUUUUUUCCAAAAACGUUCCAACUUUUCCAGCUGCACAUCCGAUGAAAUUUGUCGCUUCGCAAGUUCAAAUCAAUAUAUGACAAUUCGCUUCAAAACCAGUCCAGGUUUUAUCGAAAAAUACGGGUUUCAAGGAAUAGUUUCAGCAAAAGACAAGCCAGUAUACGGUAGGCAUUUUUUCUCAAAAAAAAACAUAAUUUUAAAACCUAAAAACCUUAUAUAAGAAAUAUUUGAAAAUUAAGAAUUUCAACCAAGUCUAAAUAGUGUGCAAGGUAAAAUAUUCAUGUUGUCAUCUUCUUCUUCUUUAUUGAUUUUUUCACUUCUCUCACUUCUCUGAUUUCCAACAAAAGUAUGAUUUCUCUCUAAAUAUUUUUUGAAAAUUGCUUUUGAUACUCAAAAAUAUUUUCAGCUCUUCUCAGUGCUUUGCAAGCCUACUGUCUUCCACUUACCGUACUCUUCCUAAUUCUUCUCGGCGUUUUUGUAUCAAUUAUUUGUUGCAAACGAAAUUCAAUCAAUUCUCCACACAUUUCAUCGCGCGACGAGGAAAAAUUAGAGAGUCAAAUAUUUUUAGAAUAA